UUCACUUCAGCACUCCCUCCUUUUCCAUUCCUCCUCCUGUCUGUCACUCUGCUCCUCCCGUUUCUCCUCCUUUCGGGGAUCAGAAAGUCCUCUGCGCUCCGAGGCGCACAGACGCGCUCGGGAGUCUCCGUCCGAUUAGAUAAACUUCUGUAACUUAAACAACAGGAUCCGCUUUGAAAGAGUACCGUCUGGACGCUCUUGGAUUUUUUUUUUUAUAUACAUUUUUUUGCCUUCUUUGGUGGGUUCACUCAAUAAAGCUGCUUGUUUUGCCCAGAGCGCUGGCACAAUGAGCGCGUUCUGCUCCAGAUCGACAGAUUAGAGGGUGGAAAUCUUGACUACGAGGGUGUUUUUUUUUUUUUUUGCACUGAGAACUCAGUGUUUCACCACAGAUAGAGAGAAGAACAGCCAUGGAUUUGGGAAAUGAUGUGGAUUUAUCCAACAACAACAUCACACCUUUGUGGAGGCGGCGCACAGACCUCAGUGAAGGUUCCCAAGACUUGAACAAACUCAAGCCACGACCCGUGAGCUACCACCUAAACGGGGUUACGACUGCAGACUUCCCUGCGGGGGACGAUGGACGUUCCUUCACGUUGAGCCAACCACCCCAGCCUUUAAAUGCAAACACUAUGGUGUUAAAGCAUGUUUUGCACAAACCCUCGGAAAAAAAGCGAAUUGUUCGGAGCAUUAGCAUUGGGCGCCUCUACAAUGGACGCUUCUCAUUGUCCAAGUUUAGGGCUGAGGAUAAAAGCGCUACGCUGGACAACAGAGGUAGCAGCAGAAGAAAUAACCAGAAUGGAAGCGUUUGCUCUAAAAAUCAUCACCAGGACCUGCAGAGAUCGACCACAAACCCUCUUGAUCUUGACUUGGAGAAAGACCAGAUCUCCUCUGGGACAAACACACCCCCACCUGAAACUCCUACCGACAAUUGUUCUUCACACGUCCAUUCUCCACACACGCCAAAUCACUGCCACUACGAGCUGUCUUCACAGUCAUCGGCAUCCAGCUCCUCAUCUCCAGGGUACGGUACCCUCACCCCCUCUCACAGCUCCUCUUCAAGCAUCCCCUCACUUUUGUCUUUGACCUCCUCGGACCCUCCGACGCCCCGCUCCCCAUCGCCAGCUGACAGAGGGAAUCCAUUGCAGUCUCAGACAACCUCUCCAGCAUCCUCAUAUGAUACCCUGUACGCCUCCUCCUCUUCCUCCAGCUUCUCCACAUCGCCGUCGCUCUCCCCAACUGCAUCCCCCUCUCCCACCGUCGUCCUUAGCACCAACAGCCCCGCUGCCUUGAAGAUGGGCACCCAGCAGCUUAUUCCCAAAGGACUAGCAUCCGAUGUCCGACAAACCAAGGCGCCUCCUGCUGGGACCCAACGGCUGGGAUUGGACCAUUCCAAACGAGCGAUUAAAGUUCUCAGCAUGGUGGAAGCAGGAGGUUACUUUUCUACGGGAGGGGGCCACACCGAAGAGGCAGAGGGAGAGACCGAAAGCCCCGGGGCGUUACGGAGAGCUUUGAGGAGUACGUCUUACAGGAGGGCAGUUGUGACUGAAGUAGACAAGGACGUUACCUUGGUUGAGUUAAAGAUGCCUGUCAUGGAAGGGCUUGAAAAUCCUGGUUCACCCACUGGCUCAACAAACCUUUCCACCUUAAGUCCAACAAGUGCCGAAGCACCAAAAGCUGCCAGCCCAAGGAUCUCAAAGUCUUCUAGCCCUCGGAUGGAUAAAACUAAAAGCAACAAGAAAAGCAAGAUUCCAAAUAGGAAGAAGCUGAUGCCUCAACGGACAUUUGACAGUGAAGAAGAGGAGCUCUAUCAGAACUACCAGGAGAAGGCCCUGCAUAACGACUCCGAUGAGGAUGCUGAUUCAAGGGGGCCUAAGCCCGAUCAGGGCAUCGUCGUGCAGUACAGACCCAUACGUACCUCCUGGAGCCAACUGAGCGUGGUAAAGAAAAAUGGCCUGGCUGAACAGCUGAGUCAGGAGGAACGCAAACGACAAGAGGCCAUCUUCGAAAUGAUCUCAUCGGAGCACUCCUACCUCCACAGCUUGGAGAUUCUCAUCCGUAUGUUCAAGAACUCAUCGGAGCUCAGCGAGGUGAUGACCAAGAUCGAGCACCACCACCUCUUCUCCAACAUCUCGGACGUCUGCGAGGCCAGCAAAAAGUUCUUCAAGGAGCUGGAGGACAGACACCAACAGAGCCUAGUCAUCGAUGACAUCAGCGACAUUGUUUGCAAGCACGCCGAGUCGAGCUUCGACCCUUACAUCAAGUACUGCUCCAAUGAGGUGUACCAGCAGAGAACGCUGCAGAGGCUGGUCGGUGCCAAGAAUUCUGCUUUCAAGGAGGUGCUGACCAGGUUGGAGGGCCACCCAGACUGCAGGAACCUCCCCAUGAGCUCCUUCCUCAUCCUGCCCAUGCAGAGGGUCACUCGCCUGCCGCUGCUCUUGGACACCAUCUGUCAGAAGACGUCAAAAGACUCGGCACACUAUGAAACAUGCAAGAAAGCUUUGCAAGCUGUGAGCAAGGUGGUGCGGAAAUGCAACGAAGGCGCUCGCACCAUGGAGAGGACAGAGAUGAUGUACACAAUCAGCACUCAGCUGCAGUUCAAGAUUAAGCCUUUCCCGCUGGUCUCGUCCUCCAGGUGGAUGGUAAAAAGAGGCGAGCUGACUGCAUUCGUGGAGGACAGCGGCAUCUUCGCGAAGCGGAAAUCCCGACACCACGUCUACUUCUUCCUCUUCAACGACGUUCUCAUCGUCACCAAGAAGAAGGGUGAGGACAGCCACACGGUCAUAGACUACGCCCUGCGGGAUCAGAUCCAAGUAGGCAGCAGUCAGCCGGAGGACGUUCACCUCUCACCGGUCAAGAGCCCCACGAGCAUGCUGAGCUCGCGGCAGGUCGGCGCAAACCAUCUCUUCCGGCUAUGUUUCCGUAGCAACCACUCCAGCGAAAAGGUGGCGAUGAUCCUCGGAACGGAGUUGGAGAAUGAGCGUGCACGCUGGAUCAGUGCCCUGGGCCAGAAUGACAACGAUGACAGGAGACAUGACAGAACCAAUGUUACGCAGGUUGAGGUGAUAAGGACGUACACGGCGAAGCAGCCAGACGAGCUGUCGCUGCAGGUGGCCGACGUGGUGCUGGUCUCACAGCAUGUGGACGGCUGGUACGAAGGCGAGCGGCUGCGCGACGGCGAGGCCGGGUGGUUUCCCGCGGAGUGCGGCGAGGAGAUCACGUGCCAGGCCACCAUCGAACGCAACAUGCAGAGGAUGGACCGGCUGCAGGGGCUGGAGACCAACGUGUGAGCCGCGCCGACCGAGAGACCGUCCGGCUGAACUUUUCGGCUGCGGACUCAGCACCUGCCUGAGUUUCAUCCUGCUUCGCACCGACACGGGAGGAGAACAAAAACGAAAGCGGAUUCCUUUAAUUAGUCAUCGCUCUCCGAGUGGGUAGGGGGCGGCCCCGACAGUGGGCAUAUGUCACAUUGAUUCAUUCUCCGGCUGGUUGAGGAAAAACUUCACGCACACCGCAGCCGAAGCAGCUGCUUUCAACACCCUGCCACGUAACAACUGUUGUUAAAUUUAUAAAUGUUUUUUGGGUUGUUUUUUUUUUGUAAAUGGCGUGCUGCGUAAUGAGUACAGUGGCGCUGCGGGAGGUAAAGCAAACCCAAUUAGAGGGAAUCUGACAGCAGCCCGGGCGCGCCCCGCUAACGAGGCUCCGGCC